AGGAGGAGUACAACAUGACUUAGCUUUGGUAUUUCUUAGUGUGUUUAUAACUGAAAAGGCCAUGAAGACGAGCUUGGCAUGUAUUCUAAUAUUCACUCAGCUUUUUGAAGCCUCCACAGAGUUGAUCUUUAGGCAGCUGACGGAGAGCCAGUCACUGGAGCUCUCCUAUUUCCCUCGGCUGGAGCGUAGGAGCCUGACGGCCCUCCACCUGUACCACCGCAGUGCCCAGAGCCAGACCACCCUGCUGUCCAUGGCCGAGGGCGGCGAGCUGAGGGUCGACCCGGAAUACCGAGGGCGGCUGCAGAUCUGUGGAGGUCUGGACUCCCUGCAGGUCAAUGUGACCAUGUCCCAUUUACAGCGCAGUGACACGGGACUCUACAUGUGGGAGCUGAGAUACAGAGAGAACAGCUCUAAUCAGAUCAUCCUCAGUGCUCAAAAGGUGUUCUUGUUGGUUGAAGGGACAGGGAGGUCAUGCCAGUGCUCUCCCAGUUACCGUCCUCUGCUCUUGACCAUCUUUACAGUAACAGGGCUUCUUCUGCUCACACUCAGCUGGCUGGCCACAGAGAAAUGUGUGAAGGCGAGGCAUCAUCACAGACCACAACCUCCGGUUCCUAUAUAUGAGGAAAUGACCAGGAAGCAGCAGAGUGCCGGAAUACACCAAAAUAACCCAGAGGCCCCAUCACACCUGGAGGAAGUCAACUUCCCUGUGUACGCUAACUCCAACAUCCGACAGCCACAGGAAAACUAUUACGCCUGUCCCAGACAGCUCGCCCUCAGAGCCUGACGUGACUUCUGGCAUCGCGCUAAUGGUGCACAGAACAUUCACAGGAAGACACCAGCUUUACUGCAGCAAUAUGAGAGCGAGGGCUGACUUCUCAUCCAGGAAAUCAAAAAAAGAUUGGUGGAAAAAAGCCACAGAGACAAACACCAAAUGGCACAUUUUUAACAGCCAAGAAAAAAAAACGCUAUUUUAUUAAUAUUGAAAGAAGCUCCAUAGUUCAUGAAAACAUUUGUUUCGGUGCAUGUCAUGUAACAAUCACAUUCUAUGAGGAGAAAGAUAUACAGAGAGAAAAAAAAAAUAAAACAUUACAAGCCACUGACUUUUCAUUAAAUCUCAGUACAUACAUUUUUACUUAAUAUUUCCAAAACAAAAAAAAAAAAAAAAAAAAAAAAAGAAAAGAAAAAGCAGCCCUAAUCACAUAUCACCCACCCCACCCUAAAAAAAAACCCUUGAGGGUAAUAGGCUAGAAUCCCACAGUGCUAAAGAGUGAGACGCUCAUUGGUUUUAGGAAUACACAGCAUGGCGAUGUAGCGCUAGGUCAAUCUGAAGAAGGGGAAGGAAGCUGGAGGCGGAGGGCUUUACAUGACUCACCCCUCCACCCGCCUCCACCCCCUUAAAAACCCAAACAAAUAAAAACACAUUGGAUCCCAAAAACCCCUGCAUUAGAUCAGCCACUUAGAAGUAGGCCAUAAAAUCCCCAU